AUACGUGCGUUAAUUAAAACCCGGAUGCAUAUUUUAUGAAGGAAAAAACUUUUCUAUUUCACCUUAUUCCUUUUAUUUUAUGCGAUAACCGCCAAUCAACUAAAGUAACAUAAAGGUCCCAUUCGUUAAUGUGGACAUUGUUAAGGUAAAUUAAAAAAGGAAUAUAUUACUCUUGUGCCAUUAUUUAAAGUCGUCCACAGAUUUCUAGAAAGGAGAGUAUUAAAAAUGGAAGGUGAUAAUGUAACUAUUUACGAUUUGUUGAGGAAGCAACACAACUUUGCUUUGUGCGAGAGGAUUAAAAUGUGGUAUCCCCCUUUCUUGUGCAUUUUUGGGUUAUGUGGAAAUGUAAUUUCAAUAGCAGUCCUGAGAAAGGGAAAUAUGUCUUCUUCACACAUUCUUUUAAUUUCACUAGCCGUGAUAGACUCCCUAGUUUGGCGUUCAGCCCGUUGAAAAGAUGGAUAAUGCAUUUGAUAGAAAUCGACGUAAGACAAGCAACUGAGGUUGUGUGCAAGCUGGACCUGUUUUUGACUUACUUCCUUGUACAGCUUUCACCCUGGGUCCUAGUGAUGAUUACAGUGGAAAGAGCGUAUUCAGUGAUCAAACCACAUCUAGUGAGAGUCGUAUUCACAAGAAGGAAGACACUCAUUUCUUUAGCUAUCUGUAUUGUGUGCUUAUCCUUAGUGAAUUCUCAUUUUCUUUAUGGAUACAAAAUCAUCUUCAUUAAAGAAGCUGGAGAUAAUCAAUGCCAUCCAAGAAGUAAAUUUUACGAAAACUUUAUGUUUAACAUCUUUGUGUGGAUCGAUUUCGCCUUUGCCUUUUCAAUACCUUGUUGUGUGUUUGUUAUUGGAAACUGUAUUAUUAUGGCCAAGUUACGGCUCAGUCGCCAAUUUCAAGCAACGAAUUGUAACGAGGAAGGAAUGCCAACUACUAAUCGACGACGCAACCACGUGUCCCACUCAUUGUCUCAAUGGACAAAAACGACAGUUGUAAUCAAUGUCUUCUUCAUUAUGCUUGUUCUUCCAUCUGUUGCGUUUGGCAUUGGACAAGUUUAUUGGUUCCCCGCCAAAGAGAAAACACCUGCCAAAUUAGCGGAUAUUUAUCUUAUUUCUGAAAUCACAUUUAUGCUUAUGUAUACCAAUAAUGCCAUUAACUUUGUAUUCUAUAUAAUGCUUGGAUCGAAAUUUAGGUCUGAUCUGACACAUAUGUGUUUCUGUAAAAAUGACCAUUUGCGGUCAACCGAUGGCAACAAUAAAACUAUUUUUUCCUGUGAUAAUAAUGCUCGAGUUGGAUAUUCCACACAUUUGUAAAUAAACAUGUUCAAUAUGAUGACAUCAGAUACGCACGUAUGUUGAACGUUGUUGCCUAGUGACCCAAUGGUAGUUUUGUAUUGUUUUAAACGACGUGAAAAAGUAAGCCUUUCAGAGUAAACAUUUCUCAAAAAAAUAACCAAUCAAACAAACGCAAGGGUGUCACCUUGCAUCAACAUUUAAUACAAUGGUUAAUCGGAGAACUAGUUUUUGUGUAACUCUCGGUUAAGAUAUACAAACUUUCGAUAAAGUA